AUGGAAGCUCGACACCUCGCUCAGAGCAACUUGGUCAACAUCAAUCGGGGAGACAUUGAAACGGACCCUUUGAUCAAGUCCUACUACAAGAGCUUUCACAACCUCCAUCCACUCCUCCUACCACGAGCCGCCUUCCUCCGGCCUGUCAAGAACCCUCCCCCAACAAUCAACUUCGGCCCACUGAUAGCAGUGAUGCGUCUAAUUGGCAACAUAUAUGCCACGCAAGAGUGGUCUAAUUCACUCAAGGACAAGGCGGAAGAAGGCUUACUGCAAUUAUCCCCAGAUAGUCCAGUACUGGUUCAGUAUCUUUUGCUUUAUUCCAUUGCCUUGUUUUGGAGUAACUUCAAAGAUGAAGCGAAACAUCAUAUGGACUGCGCCACAGAGGUUGCGGAACGUCUUGGGAUGCACAAAUCUGACUUCUCAAGGCAGUAUAAUGCCGGCGAACCAGUUCUUGAGGAGUCGUGGAGACGGACUUGGUGGAUGCUUUUCAUUAUCGAUGCAUACUAUGCUGGGACCUUGGGAACCAUGAACUUUAGAGUCGGGAACAUCGAGGCCACGGUCGAGCUUCCUUGUGAGGAGAGAGAAUACGAAUCAGAGGCCAUCCCUCCACCAAAGACUUUGGAAGACUUCGACUCCAGAGAGUUCGCUCCUGAGACUGGUACUUUCUCAUCUAUCGCGUACCUCAUCAGCGCUGUGCGUUGUGCGGCGGUGGCGAUAUCUACCGUACCCAAGGUCGCCUCAAAGGAAGACUCCGCACAAGUGAUUUAUUCAGCCGACUCAACCAUCGACGGAUGGUCUCUACUCCUUCCGAAGGAGCGUAGAAAUGUCAUGUCAAAAACAGGACAGAUUGAUGAGCUCAUGUUUCAAGCACAUCUUCUCAUCGGAGUAGCGAGCACUGGCCUCCAUAGGCCUCUAUCUGACCUGAGGUUCAACCUUGUGGAGGACGUGUCAAGCUGUGCCCGAGAGCCACCUGUCGAUAACCCGUCGUCAGACUUAAUCAACGUGCACACUGUGAGGGUACUCCGGGCAGUCGAGUCGCAAAUUCGUCGGCUGGCUUUGCCAUCCAGACCAUUCCAUCACACGCCUUUCACGACUUGCAUGGUCAGCGAGGGGACACUUGCGCUCCUCUCGGCUUGCAACUUCUUAUUGCAGGGCAAACAGCUAGCAAUUGCGAGACACCAAAUUCGACUGACGAUUGGAUGCUUGAAAGCUCUGGGUGAACUUUGGCCAAGGACCACUAAGAACGUGUCGGAGAUACAGACCAUUGCCCGCCAUGUUCUCGGUUUGAAAGGGAAGACUACGAUUAGCGAUGGCACGCAGACUUCGAACGAUGCGGCCAGUCAGUCAGACGAGACGGCUACUACAGGUUUCGGACACAGCGGCUCGAACAAUGAGAAUGGUACACUCUCUUCUCUUGGGCCCAUGGAGGAUGUCUGCGGAUGGUAUGAUCCAGGGGACUUUAGUUCAGAUUUCGCGCAAUGGCCCGAGCAUCAAAUCUAA